AUGGCCAUGAAGUUGAUGAACAUCUUCGUUACACUCGUAGCAAUGAUAGCCAUUGUUGCAGCUGCAAAUUUGGAUGAUGAUUACAACGAGGACGUGGAAAUGCAGAGUACUGAAGCAACAUUGCCUGAAACACCAGACGAAGGAGAAGCAACUACUUCUUUAAGAGGAGUGAGCCGUUUUCUUUAUCAGAAGAAUGUGCAGCAGGCCGAUUAUACUUGCAACAAGUUUCCUAGGAUUUGUCGUUUGAGGAACAGUCCGCGGCCAGACUGCUGCAAGAAGAAAUGUGUUAACGUGAAGACGGAUCGAUACAACUGCGGGUUUUGCGGCUACAGAUGCAAGUACACUGAGAUUUGCUGCAGGGGAAAGUGCGUCAAUGCAUCUUUAGACAAGAGGCAUUGUGGUGCGUGCAAUCAGAAGUGCAAGAAGGGAGAGUACUGUGUUUAUGGGAUGUGCAAUUAG